UGCUGUGGCGGUGCGUGGCGAGGAUGGCAGAGUCGAGGCGCGUGCCGCCGCCGCCGGAAGGGGGGACGCCGCCGGCGCCGGCGCGGGACCUCAGUGAGGCGCCGGCCGACGCCAUGUGCAGUGUGGUGGAGGGCGACGGCGACGGCGACGAGCCGGUGAUGACGACCUCGUACGAGGAGUGGGCAGCCGUCGCCGACGACGAGGACCAGAUCAGAACAAUCGCCACGGCGGACCUGAUGGAGUUUUACGCCAACGAGAUCGUGCACGACCUGGCGCACCGGCCGUACCUCGAGCUGGGCUGCCACUCCGACUCUGACUCGGAGCCGGUCAACGUCUACAGCGGGCUGGAGACGAUAGUCGAGGAGACCUCAGACGACAUGCGCAGCGACACGGAGAGCCUGCGCUCGGGCCCGGCCAGCUGGGCCUGGUCGCAGGACUCGGCCGACGUCGAGACCGUCAUCGACGCCGGCGGUGGCCGCGACUCCCGCUUCGAAGAUGACUUCAACCCGAUGGCCGGGCUGGACGCGGCGCUGGCGACCACAGGUAAACUCUCGCACGGCGCACCGGCGCCCGGCGCCGACGGCCGCCUCCCCGAUCUCAAAUACAAACAGCUGUUCGAUUUCGAGGCGUUUCUCAAGUCGGGCGGCACGGACCCGAGCCUCCUGGGCAUCGGACCGCCGUCGCCGUCCCAGCUGCCGUCGCUGGACACGACGUUCAGCACCAGCGCCACCCUGUACCCGUUCUCGGACACGGCCCAGGCGGCGCCACCGUCGCCGCCCUGCCCGGCGCGUCAGGCAACGUCCGAGUUCCGGCUGGGUCGGGUCGAGCGCUCCUACUACACGAACCCGUUCGUCAGCCUGCCGCCGUGUUCGGCCGAGGGGCCGCCAGAGCUGGUGUUCAGCCUCGAGGACGUGCUGGACCACCGGUCGGCGGCCGCCGGCGCGCCUGGGAACGGCGCCGAGCGCGCUCCCACCGGCGGCGCGCCGAACGCCGUCCGCGAGGAUCGGUCGGUAGCCGGCGAUUUACAGCCGGGUGGCGGCGCCGGCGGCGCCAAGGUCCUGGGAGCGCCCGGUAACGGCUCAUUUGGGGUCGCCGCGGCGGAGCGAGCCGCCGCCGGCGGUGGCGUGCGUCCCAGUGACGGCCGCGCAUCGGAGGCGGUCGGCUGCGAGUCGGCGUCGGAGCGCGCGCCUGGCACGACCCCCGCCGCCGCCAUCGAUUCCAAGUGGGACCUGGGCAGCUGCGAGGACUUUGAGAACCUGAACCGACGCAUCGAGUCGCUAACGUACGACUUCGAGGAGGAGGAGCGGCGCAGUCUGGAGUACAUCGUGGACGACGAGGGGCCGGAGCGGCGCCCGGCGCCGCUGGAGGCCGAUGAGGAGGAGGAGGCGCCGGCGCGCGCGCGUGACCCACGCGUGAAGCGCUUCCACAGCUUCGGCGACCUGAGCAUGAUCACGGAGGACGAGCUGCAGGAAGCAGGCAGCGAGCAGAGUCUCACCAACAGCGACACGGAGAAGGGGUCGAAGCCGGCCUCGCCCGGCUCGGCCGACUCGGCCGGCGGCGCGGGCGAGCGGCGCCAGCGGCGGCCGACCCGCCUGGGGCUCCUGAGGCAUUCAAGCGAAAACCUCAGCGAAGACUCAGGCUACGGCGACCACACGGUCGACCGCGUCAGUCCCCAGGACCCCUCCGGCCGCUCCGCCAGCCUUCCGCAGAGCAGCUCGCCGCCGGCGACGCGCGCCUCGCCGCCCAAGCGGCCCAGUCCGCUCGGCCGACUGUCAAAGUCGACCUCCGACCUGAGCCCGUCGUCGCAGCGGCGCCGUCGCCUGCUCGAGCUGAUUUCGCGCGACGAGGAGCGGCGCGCGCGCCUCUACGCCGACACGGACGUGGAGAGCGUGCUCGUGCUGCUGGAGAACGAGGAGAGCAACUCAGUGAUCCAGUUCGAGCGCAUUAAGGAGGCGUUCCUGGAGAAGGGCACGUACAACAUUUACGACGACAUGGUGAGUUGGCGCUCGCCGCAGAAGGCGUUUGGCCGCACGCGCUCCACGCCUGACCUGUCGCUGGAUUUGUCGGCGGAGGAAGCGGCCGACGGCUGGGCGGCGAUCGUGCAGGAGUCGCCGCGACCGCGCUGUUUUGAAAAGUUGGCGCCGUCGGCGCAGGAAACCCACAGCCUGUGGAACCUGUCGGGAGUGCGCGAUGUGGCCGCGCCGGACGAGGUCACGUGCGACUGGCAGCGCUCGCGCAACCGCAACGGCGCCUGGCUGUUGAGCAAGAGCGUGCAGGACCUGUGGUCGGCGGACAACAUGGACUCGCCGCGCCGGCUCGACUACUACAACCAGACGAUGGAGUGGCCCGGCAGCGGGGACUACCUGGCCUGCGAGCCGGACGAGUACUGGGCGCGGGCCGCUUCGCCACGCCGGCCGCCGGCCACGCCGCUAAAUUUAGACGCGCCAGGCGGCGGCCCCGUGUGCGCCGAAGUGAGCUUCUGCCAGGCGGCCGACGUGUGCUCCGGCUGGUUACAGGCCAGUAUGGAGCCGGAGGCGAGCGAGCAGCGGUCACUGAACGGCCAGUUCUUCGAGCCGACGCCGGCCGGCCCGCUGCGGACGAUGAGCGCCAACAACUCGUUCACGGCGCGCGUGCCGGUGAAGGCGUACGGGGCGCGCAACGAUGUGGAGGUGUACAUCAACCGCGCGCCGGCGCCGGCGCCGGGUCCGAAGCCGGACAAGGCGGAGAAGCCGGAGAAGCCGCCCAAAACGUCCGUGCUCGUGCGGCUGGGCCUGGGCCGGCUGUCGGGCGGCAGGUCCAAGCCGAAGGUGCCGCCCAAGCCGGAGAGCAUCAAGCCGGCGUCUCGCUCGCCGUCGCCGCGUUCGCCACCGUCGGAGCUGCCCAGUCCGAUCGCCUCGACGCCGAACGACGACUCGCGCCGCUCGGUGUCGCCGUUCGGUGCAGACGCGGCCACCUCCACGCCGCAGGCGGUUGAGGAGUCGCCGCCGCUGCCGCCGCCGCCGCCGGCGCCGGCUAAGGCGGAGUUCCGCGCGCCGCCCAGCCCCGUCGUACGGGCCAAGUCGCUGUCGCUGCCCAAGCUGGAGCAGCAGCGCGUGAUCCCGCUGCGCUCGGUGCCCGCGGCGCCCAUCCCCGACUCGGUGGCGGCGACGGCGCGGCCGGGCGGCGCCGCGGCCGAGAUCAAAGACGCGUUCGAGCGGUUCCGGCAGCGCGCGCGCGAGGAUCGCGAGCGGCUGGCCAAGAGCACGCCCAACCUCAGCCUGAUCGAGACGGCGACGCGGAGUCUGGUGCGGCCGCUGCCGCUGCCGCCGCCGCCGCCGCCGGCGCCCGCCCGGCCGCCUAUUGAUCGGCCGUCAGGCCGCGCCGAGCAGCGGUGCGCCGACCACGACGACGACCACUCGGUGACGCUCCAGGAGGAGGGCAAUGUGGUCAUUCUGCACGCGGCGGGCGGCGCGCGCGCGGCGCGGCCCAGCAAGAGCCGGGACAGGUUCGCGCAGCGGCGUGCGGCCGCGCUGGCCCGGGCUCGCAGCCGGAGCGUGGGCGUGCUAGAGACCGACCUGGACUCGCCGUCGGCGGGCCAGCGGCCGCCGCCGGAGACGGACCUGGACGCCAUCGUGCGCAGCCUGCAGGAGUGCAUCGACGAGGCGUCUCCCAACAAGGAGAAGGCCAAGAGCCUGCUCAACCUGGACAAGAACAUGGAGUUCACGCUGGCGCAGGGCGUCGACUCGCGCGCCAAGUCGAUGGAGUUCCUGCUGGACGACGAGAACAAGAGCGCCGUGCAGCCGCCGGAGAAUCAGCUGAUGCGCGGGGACCGCCAGCUGAGUGAGCACGAGCUGCGCUUCCAGCGGUCGCUGCGCAACCUCAACACGCCCGAGUGGUACAAGAAGUCCAGCAAGCCGGACACGUCGUUGCGACGGGACUAUGGCUCGGGCUCGCUGGCAGGCGGCUGGUCCGGCUUCAACUCCAAGUCGACGUCGAAGGAGAGCCUGCAGUCGAGCCGGUGCACCACGCCCACCGCCCAGUCCAAGGUGGUGAUCCCGACGCGCGUGCGGCCGCCCGACUGGCGCUACGUGCGCGCCACCUCGCGGGAGAGCCUCACCAGUCCGGGCUCCGGCGCCGCCUCGCCAGCGCCCAGCGACCGCAGCGGCCUCUACUACGGCGGCGCGUACCGGGCCGGCUCGGCGCGUGUCUCGCAGACCAGCAGCGGCACGCAGAGCCCCGUCGGCAGCGCCGGCGGCAGCCUGGGCGGCACCGGCCGCAGCCUCGGACACCGGCCCGCCUACCUGGGCUGGCGCAGCCAGGAGCGCCUCAGCCAGGGCUACCAGACGCCGGUCGACCGGCUGGCCAGCAGCUUCGGACGCAACCGCAGUGAGGGCAACCUGAGCGGCGCGCGGCUGAGCCUACCGCGCGACCGCAGCGCCGGCAGCAGCGGCUCGGUCGGGCCGCCGCGCCAGCAGCCCGACCUGGACGUGCACAGCUCGAUCAAGGAGGUGACCAGCGCCAUAGUGCAUUACUUUGACUCGACGGCGUCGUCCAACGGCGGCAGUGUGAGUGACAUGGGCCGCUCUGGCUCGCCGCGGCCGCGGCACCGCUCGCCGGCCGGCGCGCGCGGCUCGCGGUCCGGCUCGCCGUCCAGGGCGCGGCCCGUCUGGCUGGAGACGGCGUUCGUCGGCACCAAGCCGACGGACGAGCCGACGACACCGGAGGCGGCCGGCGCCGUGCUGACCGACACGCUGGCGGGCGGUGGCGGCUCGCCGGCGCCGGCCGACGCCCCGCCGCCGCCGCCCUCCAGCGCCCCGCCCCCCCGCUCCGAUGCCAAGGGCGACCAUUACGAGCUCGGUGAGUUGCUGAUGCACCUUCGUCUCGUGUUGAUGCUCGUGUCGAGCAGGCUUAGUGAGCAAGGGGGCGGGCGGCCGGCGCCGGCGGCGCGGCGCGGCUCGUCCGUCACUGUGGAGGACGUGCUGGACUCGCUGCUGGCGUUGCCGGGCGGCGCGACCGGGGCCCCGCGGCGCAGCAGCUCCACCAGCAGCAAGGGAUCGCGGCGGGGCGCCUCACCCUCGCGUGUGCUCUACGAGACGUCGCUGGUGGGCACGCGGUACUACGACUGCUCGCCGUCGGCGCCCGAGGAGGCGCCCAGCCGGAACGGGCACCUGGCGAACGCGGCACCGCCGCCGGCGGCCGGCCGGGGCUGGAGCGGCCCGGCGCCGGCCUCGCCGCCCGAGCCGCGGCCCAACGCCAUCACGACCGUGGCCUGGGUUAACAGCGAGCCGGAGCCGCACUGGGAGGAGCUGUACGGCGGCAGCAAGGGCAGCGCCGACUCGGGCAGCGCCGAGCACAAGCACAGCGGCAGCACCGACAACUGCGCCUCGAGCGGCGACUCGCUGCAGGCGCAGGUCAGCUCGCCGACGGCCGAGCGCCGGCUCAGCGACUCGAUCGACGGCCACAAGGUGCGCUUCGAUGUGUCAGACGACGACUGGCAGCCGGGCGAGGCCGGCGAGCGCGAGGUGACGCUGGAGGAGCUCGGCCGCCGGCUGCCCCUCGCCGACGACGUGUCCGACGUCGACGCCGACACGGACCGCUCGGCCGCCACCACCACGCCCGUCGAGAACGACGUCAAGGAGGGCGACGAGGGCGUCGAGCCCGACUCGUUCAUCACCAUCAAGUGCAAGAACUCGAUGUGCCUGCGGACGACCAACCUGACCGAGGCGAAGACCGUGUUCAAAAUGUGCCACAACUGUGAGACGUUCUAUUGCUCGCGCGACUGCCGGCGCGCGCACUGGGACCGCCACCGGCGCGUGUGCGCCGCCAUUCGCGCGCAGACCAUGUCCAAGCAGAUCAUCAUGAAGAUCAAGGAGGACGAGAACCUGCUGCUGGAGUUCUCGCGCACGGCGCGGCAGGGCUUCCUCACUCACGGGCGCGGUCUGCUGAAGGUGUUCUUCCCCAGCCCCGAGUCGGCCGACGACUUCCUGGCCAAGGAGAACGGCACCGCCUCCGAGGCGCUCUACAUCAAGUGGCAGGACCUGCUGCCGCGCGAGAUGGGCCACCUCGUCUACCGCGAGAUCAUCGACCUGUGCAAGGCGUACAACCCCGAGUCGCGCCUCGUGCUCUACAUUGUGAUUUGCGUGUUUAACGAGAUGCCUCUGAGCGGUGCGGCCAAGUGGGAGCGCCAAAUCAUCCCGCGCUGCGCCAAACUCAAACUGAGCCCGCUGCUGGGCGGCCGCUCGCCGCAGCGUAAGCCGUCGCCCAAGAUCACGCGUGAGCUCGACGAGCUGGAGACGCUGAUCCUAAUCUCGCUGCCAAACUCGCUGCCGCACAUGGCGGCGGAGCGCGCGCGCGAGGUCAACUUCCUGAACAUCCUGCGCCACCUGCGCGCGCGCGGUGCCAGCUUACGUCGCGACUACCCGGAGGUGUACAACAGGCUGUGUGCCUACUCGGAGAAGAACGUGCCCUUCUCGCCCACCACCAUCUACCCCAAGGACACGGGCACGGGCAACACGUUCAUGUGUCUCAUCAUGCCCGACGCGACGCCGGAGCAGCUGCUGAAGAUCCCGCGCGACUGCGGCAAGGUUAAAACGAUCAAUAUCAGCCUGGACCGGGCCGAGUGACUGGAGGCCGGCCUCGCCCCCAUCCCGGCCGUCGAGCCUCGUCGCUAACUGUUCUUGUUAUUGUUGGUGAUUUUUAAUAAUUUAGUACACAAGCAGCGAGCAGGUGUUAGCAGCCUCAUUCGGUGUCGCUGUGGGUGCUGUAGCCUUGCGCGCGCCAGUCGG